AUGGAAGACAAUGAUUCUUUGAAGUCUAGUUUAUCGCUAAAUAGUACUUGUGCAACUUUACUUCAUGAAAAUUUGGAAGACUUUUUAUCUGCUGCCAAUAAAAAAGUUUUACAAUUAAAAAAAGAAAAUGAAACCUUACAAGAUAAAGUAAAAUUUUUUAAAAACGCAAAAAUGAAAUGUGACAAAUGCUUAAAUGUUUAUUCAUCAUUUGAACAUUUGCUGCAACCACAUUAUGUUAAGAUGUCAUUGCCAAUUCGUAUUAAAAAAUGUACACGUUUACCAUGGAGAGAUGAUUCAUCAAAUAAAACAUCAUCAUUAAGUUCUACUAUAACUUCAAAGAUAGAAAGUAGUGAGAAUACAACUAAUGAUUGUUUGAGAACUUCUGAUUUUUCAAAUUUAUCAUUAAUUACAGCCAUUACACCACCAAGUUAUUCAGUUUACGAAAAUUCUGAAGGAGAAAUGAUAAAUGAAAAAGAAGGUGUUAAAUGGCCAGAAAGACCAUUGACUGGAUAUUAUUCACUUAAGGAAUAUAAAAAAAGAAAAGCAUUUAUUAAAAAAAACAUUAGAGAACAGGAAAAAUUAAAGAAUAAUAAUAUGAAAGAAAAUAAAUCAAAAGAUAUUUUUAAUGAAAGGCAAAAUGAAGAGGAUAAAUUAGUUAACAAUUUACUUACAUCAUGUGUUUCUAAUGGUAAAUGUGUUGAGAUGGGUUUUUGUAAUAUGCCCAAUUUGAAUUUGAAGGAAGAGAAUAUUGGGGAAGUAGAUUAUAUAAAUGGAUCGAAUGUACAACAAUCCUAUGUAUUUUGUGGUGUUAAAUCUUCAGAUGAUGUUAAAUCAUUUAUAAAAAAUUAUAAUGUUUUUUAUCUUUUUUAUGAUAAUAAAAAACUAGAUAAUAAAAUACAAUUUGAAAUUCCAUUAAAAGUAGCAUACUUUGAUCUUAAAAAUAAUGAUUAUAUUAUUAAGAAUGUUUGUAAAAAAUAUAUUGAACACAUAAUUAAACUACCACAAUAUCAAAAUGAUUUAUAA